GUGUCGUUAGAUCGUACAGGAUGCUCACUAGCGAGUAGGAAGUUUCUGAUGUGUUUUCUUUACUGUCUCCGAAAAAGGAAAAUGGGCAGUUGGAUCCAAAUGUUAAUCGAUGGCCUUGUCCUUGCUUCAGUUGGAGUUGUAGUUGUUAUUUUAAAUUUUGCCAUUGACCCUUUCCAUCGAGGGUUCUUUUGUGAUGAUGAGAGUAUCAAGCAUCCAUUUAAAGAGAGCACAGUGUCCACAGGUGUGCUGAUUGCUGUGGGGACAGGUUUACCUGUACUUUGUAUGUUGCUAGGAGAAGCUUUAAUUUAUUGUCGAGGAUCAGGCCACAAGAGUCACCAAAUGUGUUCACGUGAGGUCCAUCCAUUUGUUUGGUCUUGUUACAAGGUCAUAGGAGUGUUUUUGUUUGGAGCCUUGGUAUGUCAGCUCCUCACAGACUGUUGUAAAUACAGCAUUGGGCGCCUAAGACCCCACUUCAUCUCUGUAUGUAAGCCAGAAUUCUCAGCAUUGAACUGUAGCACUGCAGAUGACUUGAUGCGGUAUAUUGUGGAUUAUACAUGCAUGGGGGAUGCUAAACUGGUUCAUGAAGCCAGGUUGUCAUUUUUAUCAGGUCAUGCCUCAUAUUCCAUGUAUUGUAUGAUGUAUCUAGCUAUCUACAUACAAGCUAGGAUGCAGUGGAAUAGAAGCAGACUUUUAAAACCAUUCCUACAGUUAGUGGUUAUAACCAUGGCAUUGCUGACUGGACUGUCCAGAAUUUCUGACUAUAAACACCAUUGGAGUGAUGUGCUAGCUGGACUGAGUCUUGGCGCAGCUGUAGCUCUAGUUGUGAGUGCACUUGUCUCCGACUUGUUUAAAGACAGGCAUAUUUACACGUUACCAGGAAAUGAUUACAAGAAGUCUGAUGAUUAUGGAAGUUCUGCCCAAGUGCCCCCUGUUAAGGGGUCUAAUCUAGAAGAAGUUGAAAUUAAAUGAGCUUCUAACAUCUUGAAGGUUGUUACAGAGGCUUAUUUUAUGGAGAUUUGCUGUGAUUUUUGAAUUUGUGCAAACUCAUUCUACUGACUUUUGUAUUUAUCUUUCUUUGGCAAUUGCAAGUAAAGCAUUAUUCAAUGCAUAAUUUGAAGGAAAAAUGGAAACUAUUUUGUUAUAACUUUAUUUUUGCUCUGCACUGUAAGCUGUUGUUCAGCAUAGAGACAGAGUCCUACAUUGGUAAAUUUUUGUCAGGACAUUUACCAAUAUGAUCGUCCAUAAUUAUUGCUGUAAAUAUAAAAUAUCAUCCACUGAGAUGCACUUAAUAUUGUAUGUCACUUUACAAUCAGUAACUUUUCAAGAUCUUUCAAAGCUAACAUUGUUUCUUGUUGUGUACUUGAUGUAAGAUGAACAGAUGCCCCUAUAUUUUCAUACUUUAAAUAUCUUUAAGUAGAAGAUUUAACUAGAAGAGCAACCCUUGUCAUUUCUGUAGUCUUACUGGAUGAAAGUAAAUUAAUGUUUUGUUCACAUUAUAAUUUCAGUAGUUUGUAACAAUUUUUUUUUUAUAGUACUGCAAAUA